AGAGAGGCGAGGGGGGCGGUUUACGUGUAUAUUGCUCUGAUGAUUCCCGACGCAAGUGGGCUUAUAAGUCUGUCGCGUAAAGAAUUAGAUUCCAUCAUGUCUGUGUACGCUUCUGUCUUACCGAUGAUGACGGUCAUCCUGCAGCUAUUCAUGAUUUUCGGAGCAGCUACCGUCUUCUUGCCCCAAUAUUUCGCCAUACGUAAAACCAAAAACGCCGAUGGUUUCUCCAUAUAUGUGUGUCUGGCGUUGAUCGUAGCCGGGAUCUUGAGGAUUACAUUCUGGUUCGGGCAUCCGUACGAAGUGCCGCUGCUUUUACAGAGUGUCGUGAUGGUGCUCAUGAUGUUAGCCAUUGUGCACUUGUGUGUGGAAGUCAGAAGCAAGCAAGACAUCGUGCGGGACAAGCUGAGGACGUUUACGGGUAACAUUUUGAAUUUGUGUGAUGGGUUAUCCUUUUUUCUUUGUUCGGGUUUUGGUUCAUUGGUCCAGGACUUUGACCUCAAUUACUUUUGGGACUGGACAGACUUCACGUCCUAUUUGGAAUGCGUGGCUCUUGUGUCGCUCGCUUCGCUACUGCUCAUGUACUACCUGAGUGUGUCGGUGGUGUUUGUGGAAGCCGUCGGCUUCCUUUCCCUUUUCAUCGAGGCUAUGCUUGCUGUGCCGCAGUUUGUGAGGAACAACAAGAAGAAGUCCACGUUUGGGAUGAGGUCACCCUUGCAGCUUUUUUCUCUUCACGCAAAAGACGAGGCGCCCAUGUCGCGAAUAGUUUUCUACCCCAGCUAUCUCUUCAAAAUUCUUGAAAAUGAAUGGGGAUUAUAUCCAAUGGUUGCCGCCACCAAUUGA